AUGUCAGCAUUCUUGUUGAGAUUCGAGGGGAAACUGAAAUGGAUCUCGGACAUAUAUUCCCCUGUAAAUGUCAUUGAUCAAAAGGCUUCACUUGGACCUUCCGCUGCCCGGGAACUUGAAGCCGACA